AUGCUUCUUGCCGGGUUGGCCAAUGGUUCUUACGCCGCUGCGCUCGUGCUGACUGUCCGGACAAUUUUCAGCAUUGAUGUGGCGAAGCAUUACAACAGCAUCUUCUUCUUUGAUCUCAUCGGCGUUAUAUUCUUUAACCGCCUUCUCUUUGGUGAAAUCAUGACGAGGAAUUCUGUCAUUGGCCCGGAGGGGCAGCCGCAAUGCUUGGGCCGUGAUAAGUGCCUGCGGACGACGUUUAUUGUAAUGGCCUGCCUUUCGGCGUUCGCCUUCGUGGCGAGUCUGACAAUGCACAUUGUGUACAUGCGCUUUGUCCGCGAUAAGUGGGCUGAGAAUUCGGGGCAGAGGGAUGAGGAGCAGAUGGAGGACCAUGAAUCCUUUUUGGACUCAACUGAUUAG